GAGAUAGGAGGGAGAGAGAGUUGAGAGAGAAUACAGAGCGAGAGGAGUAGCACAUCGAGAGGGAGGAGGGAGACGAAGAGAGAACGGCGCAGAAUACAGAGCGCUGCACUUGUACAUCCAGCUUCAUCCCGUCCUUUGAAGUGUCCCCUUUUUUUCCUCUCCUCUCCUCUCCUCCGGAUUGGGAUGAAUUGACAUGGAAGGUGAAAGAUAACAUGGAGCAUGGAUCAGGUCUUUUGUAGCGUUGCGCGGCUCUCCUGCGAUAACAGGGCUUCCCUUUUUGUUGUCGAUUCAGCACGUCUCCGGCGCGGCUGCAAGCAGUAAUUUCCCUGAGCUGACAGUGAGUGACUGUGUGUGCGUGGCAUGUGCGCGCGUGUGUGCCAUUCUGUAUGCGCAUGUGAUUUUCUGUGUGUGUGAGUGUGUGUAUUUGUGUGUGUGUGUGUGUGUGUGUGUGUGUGUGUGUGUGUGUGUGCGCUUUCAAGAAGAGGAGGGAUGGCUUCUCGUGUCUGAACUGGCAGCACCACUCUUACGGACAAACUCUAUAAAAAAAUACCAGUGGAAGGGACGAGGGACUGCUCUGUCGCUCGCAAUCUCUCUCUCUCCCCCCUCGCUCUCAAUCUCUCUCUCAGAUGGCAGUGAUUUAGAAGCGCAAGACGAGGAGGACGAUCACUAUGCCUGCCGAGGUUAAAGAGGAGCACAGCUCAGAGGAUGGCUCUGGCGCCCAGGGGAGGCAGGAGCCCGGGGAGCAGCCUGAGGAGAUGGCCCCUAUUGCAGAGGCUCCGGAUACUCCCACCUCCCUCAAGUCCACCGCCACCUCCAGCAAUGGAGGCACCAGCCACGCGGACACGGAGCGGGAGGACAGCUCAGUCACCCUCACAGAGAAAUCCUCCAGCCCAGACACGGAGAUGAACCCCAUGAGCUGCAGCACCUCCCACGAGGAGGUGGACCAGACACAGCUUGAGGACACUCAGACUACAGAGACAGAGUCAGCCAAACCAGAGGAGCCAUGCCCUCAAGACACCCAUAACUCAUCCAUCCCAAAGAGCCCAGUGGACAGAGAUGAACCAACCCAUGAGCCGGCAGCCACCACAAACACUAACACAACCACAGAUGGCAACGCCAACACUCCGGGCCAAAACAUCUUCCCACCUCCGCCGCCCAGUCAGACUGAACCCCCACCACUCCCACAAGCGCAACCCGACCCCAUCCCCAAAACCCCUCUUGGGCUCGGAAGCAUACACGAGAGCUUCAUCGCCCUCAACGGCGGCUUACCCCAGCCUCCUGCCACCCUGACCCACCUCCCCGCCAACUUCCUGUCGUCACACACGCCCGUCUGGCCCCCGCGGAGCUACCUGCCCGAGAGCUGCUACACCCUGCCCCUCCCCCGCGACCUCUGCGCCCGCGCCGCCCAGAGCGGGCUCACUGAGAGCCACGCCCCCAACGAGGGCGAGCAGGGGGGCGGGGACAUCAAGCCGGAGCACCCAAUGGACGGCCACCACACCCUGGGGGGAACCCAGUUCUUCAGGCCACCCCAUGACCUCAUCAGAGAUCUCCCUAAAAUGAGAGGAGGGUAUGACGGCAUGGAGGCCCUCCAGCUCCCCUACCUGCAGGACCUCUACCGCAUGCACACGCUAGCCGCCCAGAAGCGGGGCUCCCUGGCCAGUCUGGACGGCAUGCGGCGGGACCCGCGCUGGAGGGACCCCAACCUGCGGGAGGUCAUCUGCAUGCUGGGCCACCCUAUGGACCCGGUGAAGGCCAACGCGGCAGCCUACCUGCAGCACCUGUGCUACGAGAACGACCAGGUGAAGCAGGAGGUGAGGCAGUUAAGGGGCGUGCCGGUCCUGGUGGGGCUCCUAGAUCACCCCAAGGCCGAGGUCCACCGCAAGGCCUGCGGGGCGCUGCGGAACAUCUCUUUUGGGAAGGACCACCUGAACAAAGUGGCCAUCAGGAACUGUGAUGGGAUUCCUGCUUUGAUCCGCCUGCUUAGGAAGUCCAGUGAUAUGGAGGUCAGAGAGCUAGCCUCAGGCACCCUGUGGAACCUCUCUUCCCAUGAGCCUCUGAAGAUGCAGGUGAUAAACCAUGGGCUUCAGAUGCUCAGCAAUGAGAUCAUCAUCCCUCACUCGGGCUGGGGCUUAGAGCCCAGUGACCCAUCCAAGCCACGCGAGUCCGACUGGACUACUGUCUUCAAGAACACAUCUGGAUGCUUAAGGAACGUGAGCUCAGACGGAGCGGAGGCUCGACAGCGCCUGAGGGACUGUGAGGGGCUUGUCGACGCUCUGCUUCACGCCCUUCAGUCUGCAGUGGCCAGGAAGGAUGUGAACAACAAGGCUGUGGAGAACUGUGUGUGCAUCCUGCGCAACCUCUCUUAUCACGUCCACAAAGAGGUGCCAGGGGCGGAGCGAUUCAAGAGCCAAGCGGCCAAUAAGAUCGCGCGAUCAGGGGGGCAUCUGUGCAAGAAAGAGGAGUCUGCCAAAGAGGAAUGGUUCAGUCAGUGCAAACGCCACAGCUUGUGUGACAAAAAAUACAGCACUCUGGACAUGCCCAAGCGUCCCAUGGCAAUGAAAGGUCUGGAUCUCCUCUAUCAGCCGGAGGUGGUAAGACUCUACCUGUCCCUCCUCAGACUAAGUCAGAACCAGAACACUCUGGAAGCGGCCGGUGGAGCUCUGCAGAACCUCUCGGCUGGACAGUGGGCUUGGUCCAAUUAUAUCCGAGCAACAGUGCGGAAAGAGAAAGGUCUGCCCAUUCUAGUAGAGCUACUGCACUCAGACGGAGACAAAGUGGUCAGAGCUGUUGCCAUCGCGCUGCGAAACCUGGCCAUCGAUCGCCGGAAUAAAGAUUUAAUUGGGAGUUAUGCCAUGCGGGAUCUGGUCAGCAACUUGCCGAGUGGCCAGCAGCAUCCUGCCAAGAACCUGGAGGAGGACACCGUGGUGGCUGUCCUCAACACCAUCCAGGAGAUCAUCACUGACAGCGCAGAGAAUGCUCGCUUCCUGGUGCAGGGACAGGGCAUCCAGAAACUGGUCGCCAUCAACAAAACAAGCCAAUCUGGGAGGGAAACCAAAGCAGCUUCUCAUAUUCUUCAGACUGUUUGGGCCUACAAAGACCUAAGGAACACGCUCUACAAGGCUGGUUGGAACAAAUCACACUUCAAGCCUUCGGCCUCCACCCUUCCAAAGAAGGUGAAGAAUGGAAAGGCAGCCUAUGAUGACAUCACCCUUCCUCUGAUGGAAAAAAACCAAGAUGCGUAUUACAGCAUUGAUCAGAGCGACAGGCAGAGCGAGGUUCCGAGUCAUAUGGUGGAACGGGAACAGUUGCAGAGUGUCAAUGAGAAAAGACACUUCAUCAGAGGGAACCGACCAGCUGUUGGGCUGGUGGAACAAACUCCCCCACCCCUGGAUUCAUGGGUCUGAAGCCAAUGAGUCAGUUUCAUCAUCAGCGUUUUCAAACAAACAUGUAAAAAAAGAUUUUGUUUUUGUGUUACAAGAGUGAAGUGGUUUUCUAUACCUUAGUGAGCUCAUCAGUGUUUCCUGGUUAUUUCGGUUUAUAAGUACACCAAUGACUUGUGUUGCUCCAACCCUAUCCUCUGUUCAUGUAUAACAUGAUUUAUUGUAUAUUUAUGAACCAAAGCAGUGCUCAUGAGAGAAUCCUAACAUAGGGGAUUGGAUGGGGUGGAGGGUGCUGUAUUCAUGCAAGUAAUUCUGCGUCUACAUGGCUCUAUAAUCAAAUAUGUACCUAGGUUUUUUGAUAUACAGUAUGCAUUGUUUUGAAAAAGCUUUCAAAUAUUGCACAUCACUGUGGUAGAAACAACAUCAGCAUCCAUGUACAAUAAUGAAAUUUUAGCGUGUUAAAUGCUAUUUUGGAAUACUAUGAAAACUAUUAUACUGGAGUUUCUUGAGCUUCAUGACUAUCAGUAGAAAGGAGAGAAGGACAUUGUGUAUGAACUUGAAUGCUCCAAGACUUCAUGUUAAGUACUUGGCCAACUGUAUGAUUUAUUUGCAUAAUAGCCUAUGCGAUCUACUUUAACCAGAGAGAUAUUCCCUUUAUGGAUAUAUGCAGAUACUUAUAUUUCUGUAUGUUGCAAGUGUGCGGGUAAGCAUUAUACAAUGCAUAUUGAAAGAUAAAGAGGGUCUAUUUAUAUUUUGUAUAGUUAGUUUAUGAGAUGGAGCCAGAUAAAUGCAAUUUUAGAGUAUUCAACUAACUGUCAUGGCUAAUACACGAAAUGUGCUUUUCACGAUUAAUUUCAUCCUCUGCUUCAAUGUACUAUUAAUAAAAACGUAAAAAAUAA